AUGGUGGACGGAGUAGAACUCUCGGAUUCCGUCGUGUGCUCCUACAGCGUCGCCCGCAACUUCGCUCCAUCAGUAGAUGAAGUGGUGCCGAACCUGCAGGUCACGUCUCUGGAUUUCCACCGCGACGGCGAACGCUGCGUCACGAGUCGCAGCGAUGGAGUCAUGUCCAUGAUCAAUUGUCUGAGCGGCACCGUGGCGAAGACGAUCUUGACCAAGCGAUACGGCGUCGGCAUUGUGCGCUUCACUCAUCAUCUCGACUGCGUCAUCUUCUCAUCUGCGAACACUGCCAAUGACCACCGGAUACGAUAUCAUUCGUUCUUUGACAACAAGUUUCUUCGCUACUAUACUGGUCACACGGACAGAGUCACGUCACUCAUGAUGCACCCCACUGCGGAUCAGUUUAUUUCUGCUGGAUUAGACGGCACGAUUCGUUUAUGGGACAUUCGCAACUCUGACACUUCGGCGAUCAUCCGGACCGACCACUUGCCGGUGUCGCACGUCUGCGCUGCGUAUGACCAGGAGGGCGUGGUGUUUGGUGUGUACACGGACGACCACCUAAUCCGCAUGUACGAUGCGAGGAACUACCAGGAAGGACCGUUCGCCAAGUUCUCGCUCUACGACGCAUCAAUUCUGGCGGUCGUUGAGCCAUUCCUCGCUCAAUCGCAGGUUCCGGACUUGAGCUUAACGAAGAUGCAUGCGCUCGACCUCAAAUUCAGUCCGGAUGGCAACCAACUGCUCGUUGCAACAAACCGUGGCAUGUUCCUGCAUCUGGAUGCGUUUGAAGGCAAGCUGCUGCAUCUAUUCAAGGAGCAUGGGCUCACUCAAAAGGAACGCGACGAUCCUCUGCUCGGGUGCUGUUACUCCACUGACGGUGCAUAUGUAGUCACUGGAGCGGAGGAUGGUCGAAUGUUUUUGUACAAAAGCUCGACUGGCGAGCUUGUGCACGCAUUUCCUCAAGGACACAACGGUCCGGUUGUAGACUUGCAGUGGAACCCAAAACGUCACCUUCUAGCGAGUGCGGGAGGCAACUCGACGGUGCUGUGGUCAGCUUCAGGAAUCUGA